GUUAGUUCACUUGGGAAUGGAGGUGGACUGGGCUGCAGUGAUGUCUCUGUACUGAUGAGCUGAGCUGCCUUGAAUCGGUUUUGUGGUUUAGGUUCACACAAUGACUGAGAGACUUGUAAUCCUCCUGGCGCCACUCUGGAUCAGUGGAUGUGUCACUGUUGUCAAUGGAGAACCGGGGGCAGGAAGGAUCCUGUGGAAGAACAGAUCAACACUGAAUUAUAUGAAUGAAAGCGAACUUUUUCUCUAUGACACUUUCCCCCAGAGCUUCAUGUGGGGCGUGGGGAGUUCUGCCUUUGCUAUUGAAGGGGGUUGGGAAAAGGAUGGGAAAGGAGCUUCUGUCUGGGAUGAUUUGACGCACAGAGAAUCCUCCAGGUUUGACAACACAACUGCAGACACUGCCAGUGACAGCUACACUUUCCUACAUAAAGAUCUGGCUGCUCUGGAACACCUGGGAGUCAACUCCUACCUCUUCUCCAUCUCGUGGCCCAGGCUGUUCCCAAAGGGAAAGGUAGAAGAUGUCAAUUUGAAAGGUCUCCAGUACUACAACAGGCUCAUUAACUCCUUGAUCCAGAGGCAAAUCGAGCCCAUAGUCACUCUCUACCAUUGGGACCUGCCUUCAAUACUGCAGCAGGAGUAUGGAGGCUGGUUGAGUGAGGCUGUGGUUGAUAUAUUUAAUGAAUACGCUAGAUUUUGUUUCCAGAGUUUCGGGGAUCGUGUUAGAUUCUGGAUUACAAUCUACAAUCCUCAUCUGAUCGCCUGGAAUGGUUAUGAAACAGGCCGGCACCCCCCUGGGGAGAGUGGGAAUCGUGCUGCAAUGUACACAGUGGGACACAACCUGAUUCAGGCACAUGCUAAGGCAUGGCACACCUAUGACACUCAUUUUCGCAAAUCACAAAAAGGGUUUGUAUCCUUGGUGCUGGGAUCCCAUUGGAUCGAGCCAAAGACAGCAAGUGUCAGCUAUGAACAUUUCCAGACUUUGAUGGACCAGGUGCUGGGAUGGUUUGCCAAACCAAUCUUUGUGGAUGGUGAUUACCCUGACAGUUUCAAGAAUGAAAUCAACUCUCCUACUUUCACUGAAAAAGAAAGGAACUACAUCAAAGGAACAGCGGACUUCUUUGCAUUCUCUUUUGGGCCAGAUAAUUUCCGAUCUCUGAACCACCUGGUCAGCCUAAGACAUCAUGCAUCUCUCCACCUUGGUCGGGUCCUGAAUUGGAUAAAGUUAGAAUACAAUGACCCCAGGAUUCUCAUUGCUGAGAAUGGCUGGUUUUCCAACAGCCAUGUUAAAACAGAAGACACCACUGCUCUAUACCUUAUGAAAAAAUUUGUAAAUGAAGUGUUACGAGCUAUCCGCUUCAAUGAAGUGAAUGUAUUUGGUUACACUGCCUGGUCGCUGCUGGAUGGUUUUGAAUGGCAGUACGGCUACAAGAUUGCGAGGGGGUUGUUUUAUGUGGACUUUAGCAGUAAAGAGAAGUCCAGGAUCCCCAAAUCCUCCGCUUUAUUCUACAAACAGAUUAUAGAACAAAAUGGUUUUCCGCUAACUGAGAUCACCCAGCAUGUGCAUGGAACAUUUCCCUGUAACUUCUCAUGGGGAAUUGCAGACACAGUGCUGCAGGUAGAAAUGUUGCCCAGCUCCCCUCAAUUCAUUGAUCACAACCUUUACAUGUGGAACGUGACAGGAAAUGGGGCUUUACACAAAAUCAAAGGAACGAUGAUCAAGCCUCGUCCAUCUCAGUGCACUGACUUCAGCAGUCUGAAGCAACAUGUGGCAUUGGUGAGGAAACUGAAAGUGAGUCACUACAGCUUUGCCCUUAAGUGGUCCCAGAUAUUACCACAUGGAGAUCUGUCUACUGUCAACAGAGACGUUUUGAGGUAUUACAGAUGUGUUGUUAGUGAACUAUUAAAACUGAACAUCGUCUCUACCAUUAUUUUGUAUCAUCCAACGUAUCAAGACAUUGAUUUGCCUGGGCCAUUGCUGAGAAAUGGAGGGUGGCUCAACAGAUCUACCGCCCUCGCUUUCAAUGAUUACGGAAACUUGUGUUUCCAGGAAUUUGGUAACUUGGUCAAAUUCUGGAUCACUAUGAAUGAACCCAACAUAAAUAUUCAGAGGAGCCUCGAUGCCUAUAGGGCAGCACACAACAUGAUCAUUGCACAUGCACUGACUUGGCAUAAAUAUAACAAAGAGUAUAGGCACCAGUAUCAUGGUCUUGUGUCCCUGGCAUUACGUGCUGACUGGGCAGAAGCAGCAAAUCCCUACUUUGGGACUCACAUAACUGCUGCUGAGAGGUUCCUCCAAUUCCAAAUAGCUUGGUUUGCGGACCCCAUUUUCAAGACAGGCAACUAUCCAGUUGUAAUGAGAGAAUAUAUCCUCCACAAAUAUAAGGAACAUCUCUCGAGCUCUUCCUUGCCACACUUCACGGACGAAGAAAAGCAGAUGAUUAAAGGAACUGCUGACUUUUUUGCCAUCAAUCAUUUUACCACAAGGCUCAUCUUACACAAACCUAAAAAUGGAAGCAAGUAUCAAACAGACCAUGACGGAAGUUUGCUAAGAGACGCGACACUACUGAGAUUCCACUCCCCCUCCCAUUCCUCCUUCCCCUUCCUCUCCCACCCUGAGAUGACAAUUGCACCCUGGGGAAUACGUAAAGUGCUGAACUGGAUCAAAUCGAACUACGGGAAUGUGGACAUUUACAUCACGGCAAAUGGGGUGUCCGACAAAUCUACCCUGAAGGAUGAACUCCGAAUCUAUUACCACAAAAAUUAUAUCAAUGAAGUUUUGAAAGCACAACUAUUCGACCAAGUCAAUGUCAAGGGCUACUACGCUUGGAAAUUAAAGGAUACAGAGAUACAUGUGCCCUUGGUUGGAUUCUUCAUUGUUGCUAACUCUGGAUUGAAACCCAAGACCUCAGUGGAGUUUUACAACAAACUUAUCAGAAACAAUGGCUUUCCUUCGGGAGAUGCAGACAACCAAUGUUCCACAGACAGACAGAUACAUUGUGAAUGGUGCAUUCUUAUCUUAAAGAAAAAACCUUUGAUGUUCUUUGGAGUCUGUAUCCUUUUCACCGCAGUAAUGUUCGCUGCAAUCAUCAUCAUUCACAAAAGAAAGCGAAGAAAAGCCUUUUGCUAAAUUAGUCACCGUAACAGCAAAGUCCAACUGCAGAAAGGGACUUCUUCCCCCGGGGACUAGUUGCUGCAGCACCAUCAUGCAGAACGUUGUGCUUUCAGCUGUAAAACUACCUCUUUUCACAAUUAGAUUUCCAGCAUGAAGUGUUAGAAAAAAGAGGGGAAAUGUGGUUUUGCUGCAGCUUGAUGCGUAUAUUAAAGAUAAAAUGAAGGGCUGACAGAUUCAACAAAUGCACUCCAGUUGUGGGAUGUUGCUGGAUUCUGAACUGUUUACUGGGAUAAAUGCAUUUAAGAAGUUCCCAACAGAGCAUCUUACCUGUGUACUGGUGGAUUACGUUUAAUAUUUUAUUGCUUUUUUUCCUCUGUUCUGUACAUUCCUGUCACCACAAGCACCC